AUGACCUCAUUGUGCAAACUUGAAUAUUUACCAAAUGAAUUGUUUUAUAUGAUAUAUGGUUAUUUGAAUGGAACAGAUCUUGUUAUAUCAUUGUACAAUUUGAACGCUCGACUUAAUUCACUCAUAAGUACUAUCAAUUAUUUAAAUAUCGAUUUAACAAAUGUUUCACGAAGAAGCUUUUUUCACAUAAUCAAAUUUGUAUUUCCAGCGCUUACCGAACAAAUUUAUGGAGUGACAUUACCUAAUAAAGACAUUGUGAUACGUCGUUUUCGGACCCACAUUCAACUCCCAUAUCUUCGUUCGUUAACUUUGAAUAAAGUGGCGCCUGUGAAUGUGCGAAUUAUACUUGAGAAAUUAGCGUACGGUCAUCUAUCCCAUUUGUCAAUUUCAAGCGAUAUCACAUCAUGUAAUAGUCAGUCGGACAUUGACGACAUUAUAAAAAUAAUAUUUAGUGAGAAAAUGUUUACACUCAAAACAUGCAACAUUCCCGAUUAUAGAAUUGAUACUAGUGAGGAUAGUUUGGGUAUUUGUUCGGUUGAAUCGAUGACCGUGCAGACACUCAAUGUUUGUGUAUUGAGUGAAGUUAUGCAACAUUUGCUGUUUAUGAAAUAUUUACGUGUGCGUAUCUCUAACUCACUCGAUAAUAUUCUGCUACCGUCAUCAUUUGAUCUAUCAAAUUUGAUCUCAUUUGAAUUAGUCGUCUGUGAUGUUGAUAUUGAUAAUAUUGAGUGGUUACUCAAACAUAUGCCAAAACUCGAACGCUUAUUCUAUUUCUUUUUAUCUACAAAUCUUAAUAAUAAUCGUUAUUUCUAUACAAACUAUCGUCAUUAUUCACAAAUCAAUACUGUCAUCUGGAGAAGAAUAUUAGCGGGUUUACCGCUGCUGGAGAAUUUUGAUUUGUCCAUCAAACUUGAUAAUGGUGGCUGGUACACCGCUGACAAGUAUCUAAAUACGUUUAAAUGGAAAUUUUGGUACAUAUUUAUUGCGUUUUCAUAUGACACAGCUUCACAACACGCAUGUAGCAUAUAUAACUGGAAUCCUCCGACACAGACUGAUACAGUCGAUAUGUGCAGAUCAACUCGUUCUGAUUUGUCCAUCGCGUUUUCGUAUGAAAUGCAACGUCUACGAGAUUUAUUCUCCUACACUCUCAUCAAAUGUCGUAUAGAUUCUGAAAUUGAUCUGGAAACGGUAAGAGUUCCUGCCUUUCAUCAUCAACCUGUUAAACAUCGUCUGUUAUUUGGUAAUGCUCCUCGUUCGUCCAACUUUAAAAAGAAAUUCAAUUGGCGAAAAUCACACCGAUGA